AUGACAUCAGAUAACGGUACAAAUUUCGUUGGAGCCGAGAAGGAGUUGCACAUUGCAUUUCAACAGUGCAUGACUGAUAUUAAACUUCGCUCCUUCUUUGCGGAUUCGAAUAUCGAAUGGCGCUUUAAUCCACCGGCUGCACCCCAUAUGGGAGGUUACUGGGAGACUGGAGUCAAGCGUGUCAAGUAUCAUUUAAAACGCGUACUAGGAGAAGUUCCACUAUCAUACGAAGAGUUCAACACACUUUUGACUGAAAUAGAAGCUUGCGUAAACUCUCGCCCACUCUGUGAUAACUCUGAAACUGCUGGUGACUUAGAAGUUCUAACUCCCGGACAUUUCAUAGUCGGUGAACCGCUUAAGUCAAUACCGGAACCUGAGGGUCAAGAGUUUCGUGGAAAUCUUCGUCAGCGAUGGCAAGCAAUUUCUGUCAUGAGACAACAUUUCUGGCGUCGUUGGAGAGACGAGUACCUCGUGAGCUUACAACGUCACACCAAGUGGUUUCGUUCUUCACGCAACAUUGAAGAAGGGGAUGUGGUUGCUGUUUUCAACGAGCCUAAUCCUCCGACGAAGUGGACGCUUGCACGAGUGAUCAAAUACCAUCAUGGUACCGAUGGACGCGUAAGAGUAGUACCGUUGAAAACACAGCAUGGCGAAUUGGUUCGCCCUAUAGUCAAACUUUGCCUUUUGCCAAUGAAAGGAGAUUUAUUUCAUGAAGAAACUAAUAACUUAUCGUAA